AUUUCACAGAGAGAGGGGCGGAGAUGAAAUAUUCAGAUGAGGUAGAGUGACAGCUCCUGGUUUCCAAUGCUCUCAGAAACUCCACCGCUCCUUCCUUCAACUCCUCACUUCAUAGUUCUUACUACUAAAAACAUCGGGCGCUGGGGGAUCAUAGCGUUUGCCUCCAUGCAGCCACUUCGCUGAUCUUUGCGGCUUCUUCUUCUUUUUUUUUUUAAGCCGCCCUGCUCCCUUAAUGUUUUUUGUUUCCACAGACUGUUUUUUCUUUUUUUCAUAACGUUUGUCUUUUCAAAGUUAUUUUCUUGGAAAAUAAUAGAAAAGAAAGGAUCGAGCGAACGAGUGGGAGAGAGAGAGAGAGAGAGAAAUGUCGUAUCCUCAGGGUUACCUCUACCAGCCUCCGGGCUCUUUGGCUCUCUAUUCCUGUCCAGCGUACGGGGCGUCAGCGUUAGCAGCCCCAAGAAGCGAGGAGCUCGCAAGGUCUUCAUCCGGUUCGGCGUUCAGUCCUUACCCGGGAUCGGCUGCUUUCACUGCUCCGGCCACGGGCUUCUCCAGUCCGCUGCAGUACACGACAGACCCGGCAACUGGAUUUCCGUCAUACAUGGGUUCUCCAUACGAUGCCCACACGACAGGAAUGGCAGGGGCCAUAAGUUACCAUCCUUAUGGAAGCCCGGGAUAUCCUUACCAGUUGAACGACCCGGCAUACAGGAAAAAUGCGACAAGAGACGCUACUGCGACCCUUAAGGCUUGGCUUCAGGAACACAGGAAGAACCCGUACCCCACUAAAGGAGAGAAAAUCAUGCUGGCCAUCAUCACAAAGAUGACUCUCACUCAGGUCUCUACCUGGUUUGCCAAUGCCAGGCGGAGACUCAAGAAAGAAAACAAAAUGACCUGGGCUCCACGGAAUAAAAGUGAAGACGAAGACGAGGAUGACGGUGACGGAGAAAGAAAAGACGAGCUUUCCAAAAAGGGCCAAGAUAAUAAUGAAACUUCAGCCGAGGACGAGGGCAUCAGUCUGCACGUGGACACGCUCACUGACCACUCGUGUUCUGCCGACUCAGACGGCGAGAAGGUCAACUGUAGGACUGUGGAUAGCGUUUGUGAGUCGGGUUCAGACACCAAGGACAAAUGUGAAGAGGAGGAUGAUGAUGUCGAUGACGUGGACGAAGAAGACCGGGAGCGCAGCGUUUCUCCGAAACCCGUGACUUCCUCUCCCCUGACAGGGGUUGAGGCUUCCCUUCUAAAUCACCACCACCACGAGGACACAUGUAGAAGUACGAAUAAAGCGAACCUGGAUAACAGACUAUCUUCUGGUCCUCAGACUCAGACCAUUAAACCCAAAUUGUGGUCACUGGCAGAGAUUGCCACAUCGGACCAAAAGCAGCACUUGGGACAGAGCUGUCAGUCCACAGUGUUAUCAUCCUCAACCUCAUCGACUUCUUCAGCCAGCACUGUUUACCCGGCAUCUUCAAUUUUAGGAAGGCCUAUUUAUUACACGUCUCCGUUUUAUACUAAUUAUACAAACUAUGGCAACUUCAGCCCUUUACAAAGCCAGGGGAUCUUGAGGUAUAACUCUGCUGCAGUGACUGCUAAUGAGGGGCUCACCCAGACUGUACUAAAUACGGCCUCCAUUCAUAAACAGAGCGCAGACUCUCUCUUAAAAAAUAACUCAAACCAGCUAGAGCAGCACUUCAGGUCCGCUAGCUACGAGGCCAAGAAAGGUACGUAGAGCGAUGGCAUUUCCGUUCAUCGGCUUCAAUUCGGAUCAGUUAGCCGGCUGAUUACACGAUUAUGGCAGGUUCUAUCUAAUGGGAUUAACAUGCGACAGCCUAUAGCUAAAAUUCUCCACUGCACUACACACUUCUGUAAAUCUUGAACCCGUUUACGAUGGUGUAGGAAUAACGAAGAAGCUGAGGCUAUAGCCACAUGAAAUGAAAAUUAAACAAAACAAAAAGAGAGAGAGAGAGAGAGAUCCUUCCAUAACCGUGUUUGCAUUUUAAAAAUGUUUUUUCUCUUUCUUUUUUUUGCUAAAAAUGGCAUUACUAUUUUUGGAAAAUACAAAAUAUAACAAUUAAAAUAAUUUACAUUUUUUUUCCAAAUCCUGUUGUAGCUAUCAUAUUUACAUUUCAUUAAAACAAAACAAAACAUCUCUGCUGUACGUAAAUCAACAUGUAAUUUCUAGUACACUGCUUUAUAGCUGUCCUAAGAAUAACGCAAAAAGCUUCAUUAAAGAGGCAAUGCUUAUUCAGGUAAAGAUAAUAAGCGUGCCGUUAACUAAAAUGGAGGCUGUGUUUUUGACAGACCCAAGAGAAGCGUGCUUAGUAGGACCUCAACCAUA